AUGCUCCGUCGUCUACUUUUACCAGUAGCGAAUGUUGGUGGGAUGUUUGCAACUUCACUUUCUGGAUGUGGCGGGUCUAUGGGAAUCUCUCAUCCAUCGACGGCAACAACAAUAAUAAGAUCAACAAGAACCACAACGCUUGUUGGUAGUACUUGUCCUCUUUUUUGUUCUCGUCGUCUCAUAGGUGAAAAACAACCAAAAACUGUAAGAAAUAACGUAAAAAAUAACACGAAAAAAUAUGGAAAAAAAUCUAUUACGACAGCAAGUAAUCUUUCUUCUGAGAUGAUGACGGGAGCAAAGGAAAGUCUACCACCACCACCACCACCAGGAACUCCAUUGGCAAACCUGCAAAAAGGAGUGACGCCACCUGUAAUAAAGAAAGGGAGUACUGAUCAUCAAAUAGAACCCAAGAAAGUAGUUAAACGAAAUCUUGAGAAACUUCCACCGCAAACAAAUAAAAUAUAUGAACCUACAAACUCAACUUUGGUUUAUAAUGCGCUAAUAGGUCGUAUGACAUCUGAGACAUCUCCAUCUGUUCUCUGCUUGAAAAGUAUUGGAUUUGGUAUUAAUGAGAAACGUCAAGUAUAUGUUGAAAAACCUGAUGUACUUAAUCAACUCGCACAAAAAAUGCGAGAAGGAACAGCUUCUCUUCCGGCAAAUUGGCCUAUUUCAAUUAUUCGAGCCCUUGGUGUAAUUAUGCGCAGCCGAAAUAUUCCAGAUCCAGCAGAUGCAAUUCAACAAAUGAUUCAGGUUAAAAUCAACAACUUGACAAAGGGACAUUAUUCUACCAUUAUUAAUACAGUUGGUGAAACUACGGAGACGAGUAAAUUUCAAAGUGUAAUGGAUGAAUUGGAAAGUGUUGAACUGAAUGAAGAACAAGAAAGAGUUAUUAAUCUCGCUCUUAAAGGUCAUUUACUAUACAUUGGAGGAAGUGCUGGAACAGGAAAAACAGUUUUAUUGCGAGUUAUUCAUCAACGCAUGCAAGCAGAACGACUGCGAGUGGCGAUGACUGCCACAACAGGUGUGGCUGGAUGUCAUAUUGGAGGUUCAACCUUUCAUCACAGUUUGGGUGUAACUUCACAAGGGGAUUUUUUACGCAAGAAUCAAUUACUUGACUAUGAUGUUAUUAUUAUUGAUGAAGUAUCGAUGUUAUCUAAGAAAUUAUUUGAGGAAUUUGAUCGUGUCUUAAGAGAAGAAGCAGGAACACCAGAUCUUCCUUUUGGUGGAGUUCAAAUUAUUCUUUGUGGUGAUUUCCUUCAACUUGGUGUAAUUAAUGAGGCAUCUAUUUUAUCUUCAAAACUAUUUCAAAAUGUUUUUGUUAAAGUUCGUCUUGGUGUACAAGUACGACAAGCUUCCGAUAAAUUAUUUGCUGAAGCGCUACAGCAAAUGCGAGUGGGUGUAGUUCCGGAAACUCUUAUGGAAAGUGUACAACAGCUUCCACCAGGUACAAUGGUAGAAUCAGCGGUAAAUCUACUUCCUACAAAUAAAGAAGUACAAAUUGCUAAUGAUAAGGAAUUAGAACGACUUCCUGGUGAUGCCAUUAUGUUAACACCAGAGACAGGUAUUACAGCAUUAAGAUGUGACUCUACAGUUACAGUUCUCCUUCGUACCGAAUCUGGAUUUAAUGAAGAAGAAUUCUCACGACAUAUACGUUCAUUAUUGCAAGCAACACUUGAUCUCCCUAAAGCCUCAUUGCUUAGUCUCUAUCGUGUGUAUGAAGAUGGUCACGCUAUGCGAGUUUGUCUUCCACCAGGUGAAAGUGCGGCAUGGCGUGAUGCGAUGCGUGAACGAUUUCUAGAAGUUGCAGGAUUAAUUAAUGAUUUGGAACUUGGAGCAGUAGUAACUGAAAUUUUACCCAACGCUGAUGGACUACAUACACCUGAAAGUGAAGAAUACUUGCAGAAACUCAUGUCCAAACAUCCUAUUGCGCAACCUAUAACAUUUAAAAAAGGAUGUCGUGUACUAUUACGAGCAAACUUAAAUUCACGUUUAGUGAAUGGAAGUAUUGGUACCGUAAUAGAUUUUGUAGAAUGUUCUCUUGAUAAUAUUCCUGGUUUCCUUCGCAGUGAACGUGUUGAUAACUGUGUAGAACGAUACCGUAUUUAUUGUAUGACGGAAUGUGGAAUGCAAGUUCCCCUACUGCCUGUAGUGAAGUUCCACAGUGGUGAGAUCAUCACAGUUCCCCCGUGGGAGUUCACUGUGGGCGGUGGGCCAAUUACAAACUACUACACACUCAGCAGUGUGGCACUCCCACUCACACUGGCGUAUGCGUUCACGGUGCAUAAAGUACAGGGACUCACUUUAGUAGGUCGUGUACAUCUUGAAUUAUCCCGUAUGUGGCCUUGUGAACAUCUUCUUUAUGUUGCGAUGAGUCGUGUGCGUAACCCGGAGCAGCUUAGUAUUUCUUCCUUUACACCAAACAUGGUGGUGGCGAAUGCGGAAUGUGUGGCCUUUGAUUCCAGUCUUCCCACGGUGGAGUCUGUAGGGCCAACGGAUAAUUAUCCUGUUUCAUCAUGGAAGCGAUGUAAUGAUACUAUUUAUCAUUUACGUCGACGAGGGGCUUCAUUAAGUCAUUUACUUCGUGGAGCCACGCUAAAGGAAAGUGAGAAGAACAGUAUGGCUACUGGGAGAGAUAGUGGAAGUGUACAAGUUGCAGGGCCACUAAAGGGAUCAUUAGAACACUCUGUGUUAGUGGCUAGACGAAUGCGAAAACUCAUCAAACAAACGGAACGUGUAGCAAAGAUGCAGGAAUCUCGUCGAAGGUCUAAAACCAUCGCUAUUGCUAUUAACGAUCAUAACAGCAACAACAACGGCAGCAGCAGCAAUGAUGAUGAUGAUGAUGAUGAUGAUAAUAAUGAUGAUAGUGACACCACGGAGGUGGAACACAUCCUAUAG